UAGUCAGUCGGUACUCGGUAACCCGACUGCCGCAAAUAACUUCAUCAUGGCGGAGGUCAGAGUUGUGUUGGGGAGGAAGACACACAGAAUUCUCAAACCAGGAUACUCUCAGUCAUUCUUGGGCUCAGUUUGUGGAUUCAGUAAUGGCAGGUUUCAAGAUCCGUUGUCAGGUAAAGCUACGUUGAAGGAACCCGGCAAGAUAUGUACGUUAGCUCGGAGGCGUAAUGUUAGCAGUCAAUCACCUGUACCCACCACUACCCAAGAACAUGGUACUGAUCCUAAAAUAAUGUAUUCUUGCAUGAAUGCACAUGGAUCGCCUGUAAAGCAGUUUGAUUUAUGUGUAGCCUGCAAGGGCAUAACAUUGGCACGUGAACGCACCGCAACAACAACCUUCUGCCUCAGACCUCACGAACUGAAUGGAGUGAGCAUUUGCUCCAACAUUGGACGUUCGGGAAUCGUAAAUCCAAAUAUUUGCCGAAACAGACGAGACCAGAUCAGAACAUUUUGCACGCUGAGACACGGGACCGGAAGAAAAGCGUUUAGUUGUUCGUCAGUGGUCAGGAGAGGCUUCAGCAGCAAUUACGACACACCUCUGUUCAAAAACAAAUCGGCGUAUUACGAAAUUCUCCAGGUGGGAUCUAACGCAACGCAGGCUCAGGUUAAGACUGCGUAUUAUAGACAGUCUUUCAUCUACCAUCCUGAUAAAAACGCCGGAAGUGAAGAAGCAACUCGUCGAUUUUCCGAAAUUACCGAGGCAUACAAUGUGUUGGGCAAUACAAGUCUACGGAAGAAAUAUGACCGAGGUAUCUUGACACAGACGGACCUGCAAGGGGCCAGGAGGCCCUCCUCAAAGGACUCGAGUAGCGGCACGGGGCAACAGACGAAACCCAAGAGCUCCUCUGUUGUUGGUAGUAUAGACCGUAAAACGAUGUUUGAUUUUGAUAAUUUCAUUAGCUCACACUAUGGCGAGCAGCUCAGACGAGACAGAGACUCUCGAUCACGCCAAGAGGCGAUGCAACGACGGAAGGAACAGGGGGUGGAAGAGAAGAAGUUGGACGGAGUGCUUGAAGUGUCUGUCGGGGUACUUAUAGUCAUGGCGAUAGCUCUGAUUAUAAAUAUGUCAUCUAAGUAGUUGUUUAACUUUGGGCAUAGGCUAUAAUAUAAUCUAUGUUCACGACAUAUUUUGUCCUGUAUUUAUGCGAUCUCGGACUUUUGUGCAUGCAGCUGACAAGGGCACGUGACUGGUGUAGGCUAGUCUCCUUACCCAGCCCACAGGGUCCACUUAUUUGUCUCAAGCAGCUUCAUACAUUUCUGAAUGGUUGCGAAGAGGAUGGUGGCAUCAUUGUUUUAAGACUGGUAGACUUCCCCUCUUUUUAUUAUCAUUAUUUAUUUAUGUCACUAUGACUUUUUUUUUUACAAUAUGCUCUGGAAUGGGGAAAAGAACUGAUUUAAAUGGGCAGUUGAGUGUGAUACUGGAAGAAAGUGGUUUUCAAUGGAGUGAUGUAAAACCCUAGAGUGCAGAGAUCAGGUGCAUAAGAAGUUAUUUAUAUAUUUGAAAAUGCACAAACACUUCAACCCUUAUGAGAAAAUGCUACUUUACAGUAGGCUAUGUGCCUUUUAAAGCCUCUAGUGGAAACUGAAUGGCAAAUAACCUCUCUGACAUGUUUGUAUGAAAUGAAGAGAUUGGAUGUUGAUGAGUCCAAGAAUUGUACCCUGAUGUUCUGGCAACUUUUGAGAUGUAAAUUAAUAUGUUUCAGUCAAUUGUUUAAAGAUUG